AUGCUUCGAGUGCGACCAACCCGAAUCUUGCUGACUGACAGAGAGAUUCAAGCCAGUCUUGAGCGGAUUACACUCGAAAGGACUCUCAUCUCAGAAAUCGAGCAGCUUGAAGUUGGCAACCCUCUUGACUUUGAGGACGAUGGACUGUGGUGUGUGCCAUGCCGACAUCACUUGAGUGUAGAGACAUCAGGGUCCGAUGGCAGCUCUUGCGCCGACUGUAUCACUCAAGAGUUGGCCGGCGAGAACGGAUCUGAAUCGACUGCAGACGAUGGAGUUAUGAUGAUAAGCACUGCAGGGAUUUGCAAGUCGAGCUCAGUGACUAUUGAAAACGGCCGGUCCCAAGAUCAGAUGCCGACAGGAACGUUGUCCAGUAACGCCCAAGAAUGGCCGUCACGAGGUCAAAGCUUCGACGCUCGACGAAGUGCCGGUAAAUCUUCGUUUGGAACAGUUGCCCGCAAUUUUGAGUCUACGUGUGGGAAAGGAGAUCCCGGGAAUUCGCUGAAACUCGCGCAUCUAAGAGGAGAUGGACAGUCAUUCUACGCAUCCAUAACCGGCCUCGAUCUGUCAUUACCAAGAACGUCGUUCUCUGUAUCAUAUUUCCCUACUAUAUUUGAACGAACAAGACUCAUCGGGUCCUCAGACAUGGAGGCAGAGAAGGACGAGCUGAGCGAUCUAUUUUCACUCAAAUCCGAAGAUUCCGCGACUAGCUCAUUUUUUGACGGUUCAACCUCAGAAUUGACAGCAUCGAUCGUCCGAAGCGGAUCGAGUUCAAAUGAGACCAAUACUGCGUCAGACUCCUCUGAUACCGAGUCGACUAUAUCGUUGGAUGAUAAUUUCGUGAAGUCUGUUAUUGGGUCAGACAGGGGGAUAGAUGUCCGCGAACGCAUCCUUGAAGAAUCGAUCAUUUUUCGCAAUGCCUUCAAUUCGCUCGUCGCGCAGUUUGGGAACGAGAACGAUACUGCAGAAGACUUUGGAUUGAGCGAGGACAAGGUGUAUUCCUCAAUUUUAGGCAUUGUCUCAUUACCAACCUACCAGUUACCCGUCAUGUGUGUUAGAGACAGUUCUCAAUCUCAGGUUCAGACCGUCGUGUUAAAAUUACAUGUGAUUUCCAGGCAAGGUAUCCGUCACAAUUUAUGUCACGUCUACACCGACUUGUCCAUUACCUGGUGGAACGGGGUUUCCGCAAAAAACAAGGUAUCUAAUUACUAUGCACCCCUUUCACUUGGAAAGUCGAAAUUGAAGCCGAGAAAACAACAUCCAAUUCAAACGAUUUCCAACCAAAUAAAAAAUGAGUCAGGUUAG